CACGAUCGCACGGGAUUUUACGAGAGCAAACCAUUUCCGAUCAAAACAAAAAUGGCGCCCAACUGUCCUGAGGAGGUUGAUGUUUUCACAGUACCCCAUUCUCGAAUGAAGGAGCUAGUUCACAAAUAUUUGGUCAUGCUGACGGACACCAAUUUUGCAGAUGUUCACCACAUGACCAGCCUCCUUGAAAAUCUUGUGAAUGCUUUCCAAGUGUUUAGAGCACACGAACAAAUUGAGAAUAAAUAUAUCAUGAAAAAACUGAAGGCCAAGCUGAAUGCACUGUCUAUUCGGAGCUCGGCGGUGUGCAAUUGUCAUUCAGACAACAAACUUACAGAAAUGUUGACGCUUCUUCAGGAUGGGUACCAGUGUCGUGACAAGAGUGAGGUCGACCGGCAGAAUUAUGGGAUUAAGCUGAGGACAGCGCUAGAAGAUUUCACUCAGGAGUUUAUUCCUCACAUGGAGGAGGAGGAGAAGGUUUUCCAGCCAAUGUUGAUGAAAUAUUUUUCCUUUGAAGAGUUACGGUCCCUUAAAUCCAAAGUGAUCCGAAAGCAUCAACAAAACAUUGUGGAAGAAUUCGUCGAAAAUGAAGAAUGCAUUUCAUCAUCUUCUGAUGAAGAUGAGAAAUGUAUGAAAUCAGAGUCCCGUCAGGAGCCUCAGGGCAUCCAGCGUUUACCUGAUGAAAUCAUUAUGAACAUUUUCUCAUACCUUAAUCCCAAAGAAUUGUGUAUCGCUGCCCAGGUGUCUAAACAAUGGAACAGUUUGUCCAUGGAUGGAGCUCACUGGAAGGUUAUUAGACCUGUGCAGUGGUUCAGAGGAAUCUGGUCCAUCCAGGAGAAGAUGGAUGUGGAGAAGGAGGAGAGGGAUUUAGAGGGGACAGAGUUGUAUUCUGUCGAUGUGAAGUACGAUGAGGACGCUGACAUUGAUGAAUCUGAAGAGAGCGAUGACCUGGAUUCAAUGUCUCCUGAAUGGAUACUGGUUCAGAAAGAGUCUAGAAUGUUGACCUCGAUGGUAAAGCACCUCUUUCCCAGGGUAGGGGCAGGCGUGGCUGAAUUACACUUGGGGUACAGCAGGGGGUUAACUAAUGGAGUGCUGUACAGAAUGCUGAGCUGCUGUCCUAAUCUGGAGGUGCUUGACCUCACACAGACCAGGGUCUCAGACAUUGGAUUUAAAAGUUUGAGCAAAAAUCAGAGUGGCCGGAAACUUCAACACAUCAACCUCUCGGGUUGUGUAAAUAUCACUGAUGUGACUUUGCAAAGAAUAUCCACCGCUCUUGGAGCAGUUCCUGGACAAGAAACUACCGGAAGAGCUUCUGAGGGUGUGAAUACCUGUGAUACCGGGGGAAGGACGUGCUGUUGUCAGAGAGAGGCUGAUGGAAGACUGCGGGAACAGGGAGUGAAUAGACUCGAUUUUGAUUCAGUGGAUGUGGCUCUGCGUAGUGCUUGUGACUUUGUUGAGCGGGAGGUGAUCGCACAACACUUGAUUGACAUUCUGGAGGGAGAGAGUUUGUUUUCUCCAUUUAUGCAGUCUUUGUUUGUGCCAUCUUUAGUUAUGAAAUGGACGGAGAAAAAUAUUGACCAGAGAAUGAACUAUCUCACUGAGGGUGAAAGAACUUGGAAUUCCUCAGUGGAAGAGAAUCAAAAGUUAUUUCCCUUUUACUAUGUGAACUCAAACAGGACUACUCUUUCCUCAGAGAAUUCCCCAAUUUGGACUUGUCCCUCUGUAGAAAGGAACAAUGGGGAUAUCCCACAAAGGACUAAUUCCUCCCCUGAGAGGUUAUGUGGGAGUUUCCCUUAUUGGACUACUGCCUCUUUGGAGUGGGAGGGUGGGUGUUACGAUGUCUGUGAUGUUAGUGAUAGUGACACUCCCAGGAGAGCGUUGAGGUACCUCUCUCUGUCAGGCUGUUCCUUGGUGACUGAUGAAGGCCUCAGCACUCUAGCUGGAGAUGGAGGGCUGCCUUAUCUGGAGUAUCUGGAUUUAUCCGGCUGUAUGCAGAUAACAGCAGUCGGAUUAUCGGAUCUGAUCAGGUCAUGUCCCCAGCUGGAUCACGCCCAGCUAUUUUACUGUGAUAACAUGGUGGAUGAUCCGUUUGUUACGACAGCAAGUGGAUGUCAGAAUCUGGAAGUCCCCACCCGCAAGUGCUGCCGGACUGGAUUCUAAGAGAUAUCAGCCAGAAUGGAUGGGAUGUUGCCAUGGAUACAACGUUGACCUGUGAUGUCCUAAUCCCAAGAACAUUUGCACUGUAGUAUUUACAUGCACCAUCUGUAUAUUGUACACAAAUAUUAAAAGGUCCCCAUGAAUAAUUUGGAAUUACAAUCAUUGUUUCCUGUUAUAGCCAUUGACCACAUUUUCAUUUUGUGUAUAAGUCCCAUUUUGUCCCACAGUCAAUGUACAUAUUAAGUAACCCAAAGUACUACCCAUAUUUAUAAGUAUUAUUUACAAGGUAUUUGAUCUCACCAAUCAUAUUUUUCUUUGAUGGUAUUUUACAUGGCUUAACAGCUUCAUAUGAGAAUUUUCUGCAUUCAUGUUUACAAACAGUUAUAUUGUAACAUGUGAUACGUCAGACUAACAAAUUUUAAAACACUGUCGAUUUCAAAGUUUUAUAUAAGUGUAAAUAUUUAUAUACAUUCAGUUAGAGAUAAUGUGAACUUCAUUCUUUUUAAUUUCCAUUCUGGCUAUCAGUUUUUGCAAUAUUGUUGUUAUUUAUCUUUGACUGUCAUGAAAAUUAAGAAUGUUAUAUUUCCAAGGCGAUGCUAGGUGCUAUAGAGUAGCCUAAAUUAAGGCUAGCUAGAAUAGUCUUGUAAUUGGAUUCGUUGCAUUUGAAUAUUAAUUUACUCAUGCAGCACUCUUGUGCAGAAAUUUGGUGCAUUUUGGUUGGUUUUUCUGUUCCUUCAUUUAAAUGGCAUGUAAUAGUAAUGCGAAUAUGUUGUCAAUUGUUGAUUGUUUAUGUAUGUCAGUAUUAAUUAUUAUAAUUAUCAUGAAACACAGGCAGAUGUAGAUUUUCAUCUUCGUAUUAAUGAUAUGAGAUUGCAUGAUCACUGUUCGUUAUCUUCACCUUUCAUGCUUGUGAAUUGACUUUUUAUGCCCCCUUUCCUGCUCUUUCAUAGAAGGAGGGGCAUAUUUGCACAUCAGUGGGGUUUUCACAAGUUAUGGAACAGGUAACUAUGGAACACUUUAUUUCGCCUCUCACCGACUUCAUAUUUCAUAGACCUAUACACAUCAACAUACAGAUGAUCCUUAUGACUCAGACACACACAUCAACAUACAGAUGAUCUCUAUGACUCACACACACACACAUCAUCAUACAGAUGAUCCCUAUGACUCAGACACACACAUCAACAUACAGAUGAUCUCUAUGACUCACACACACACACAUCAUCAUACAGAUGAUCCCUAUGACUCAGACACACACAUCAACAUACAGAUGAUCCCUAUGACUCAGACACACACAUCAUCAUACAGAUGAUACCUAUGACUCAGACACACACAUCAUCAUACAGAUGAUCCCUAUGACUCAGACACACACAUCAUCAUACAGAUGAUACCUAUGACUCAGACACACACACACAUCAACAUACAGAUGAUACCUAUGACUCAGACACACACACAUCAUCAUACAGAUGAUCUCUAUGACUCAGACACACACACACAUCAACAUACAGAUGAUCCCUAUGACUCAGACACACACAUCAUCAUACAGAUGAUACCUAUGACUCACACACACACAUCAACAUACAGAUGAUCCCUAUGAUUCAGACACACACAUCAUCAUACAGAUGAUCUCUAUGACUCAGACAGAUACAUCAACAUGCAGAUGAUCUCUAUGACUCAGACAGAUCAAGGACAAGGUCACACUGUAACAAACCAGACUGCAGUUUAUGUUAAAGGAAACAUACAUGUUUUACAAGCAUCUCUUCUUACAUGCUCCACGCACUUCUGUCAUAGACAUAUAUAUAUACAUAUAUAUACACACACGCAGUUGAACUUCGAUAUUUCAAACAUCGAUAUCUUGAAUACCAUGGAUAUGUCAAAGUGAGUUAGAAGUCCAUACUACAUUUGCUUUAUGUAUUCUAACCUCAAUAUCUCAAACCCAUGGAUAUCUGAGAAUUUUUUUCUCAGCCCUAUAACCCAUGGAUAUAUGAGAAUUUUUUUCUCAGCCCUAUAACCCAUGGAUAUCUGAGAAUUUUUUUCUCAGACCUAUUGAGUUUGAGAUAAUGGGGUUUGACUGUACUGCACUCUCUGAAAGUCGUGUUAUCAUUCGGAAAAGGUAAUCAGGUGCUUAGUAAUAUGUCAAUUCAUUAUCACAUUGUGACCAUAGAAAUUUACAAUCUUGUUGUCUCUUUACAAGUGAAUGUUCAGUGCUCUGUUUGCAGGAAUAACUAUUCAUAGUGCCAAAGUAUAAUACCUCCAACAGCUAAUAUCUAACCCAGUUUGAAUUCUUUGUAAUGAGUGAUGUUUAGACACUCAGUUUGCUAUUUCAGAUAAAGAGAGAUCCUCCACCCCUGAGUACAUACAUGAAAGUGAUCAGUAACAUCAAGAUAUUCUCUCCACAAUCGACAAAAAAGACGAUUUGUCGAUUGUCACUCAAAAUUUGGAUGGUUUGUAUUUAGAAAUCAGUUGGUGGAGUUAUUUGCACAUGUAUUUAGAAAUCAGUUGGUGGAGUUAUUUGCACAUGUAUUUAGAAAUCAGUUGGUGGAGUUAUUUGUACAUGUAGAUUGCAACAACAUGCCAGUUUACAUUGAACAUUUUUCGACAGAAUCGCUGAUUUCAUAUUUAAUGCAAAUUUUAUAAGAUGUAAUUUAAAUUGCCUCGCAUUUGUAAAAAAAAAAAAUAAAAAAAAAUAUGUUAUAUGAUUUACGUUUUGUUUUUCUGUUGAAUUUAUUUAAUGCUGCUUUUUGUUAUUCUAUGCCAUAAAAACUAACAUUAAAGGCACACCAUCACAGCUA